AUGAAUUCCAUCUCCAACGCAUUUUCGUCAGCAGGCGCUCACCUCACGGGGACGGCCAACAAGGCGGCCGACCAGGUCGGCGCCACUUUCAAGGGCGAGGGGGCCGACGGCAAGGCCAUGGCCGCCGGCAGCCAGAGCCAGGACAACACGGCGCUGUAUGCGGUCGUGGGCGGCGGUGUGGGGGCAGCGCUCAUUGCCGCGGGAGCCUUCGCCAUGAUGGGCGACGGCUCGGAGAAGAAGCCGAAGAAGAAGCGCAGCGUGCCCAAAGGCGAGACAAAGAGUGCCCGGGAGCUCCAGGCCCCAAGGCCGGCCUUUGAUGCGGAGGCCCCUGCCCCUUCUGCGGCUGGCUCCGGCCUGCAGAUGGCGGCGCCAACGUACUCCGUGCCAGCGCCGCAGCCCAUGACCUAUCAGCAGCCGGCCUACCAGCCAAUGACCUACCAGCCGGCCAGCUACCAGCCGGCCAGCUACCAGCAGACGGCCAUGCCCGCGGCGCAGCCCAUGACCUACCAGGCUGCGCCUGCCUACCAGCCAGCCUCCAUGGCAGCCUCCGCCUACCAGCCUGUGAUGUACCAGCAGGUCCCCACUGAGCCAACUUACCAGGUCCAGUGA